UCUAACCAAAAAAUUGACUUACUAUAAAAUAUCUAACAAUUAUAAUAAAUAAUGAUAAUUAUAAUUCGUAUUUACUGAAAAUUAACCAGCAGCAGCAUCUCCAGGUCGAGAUGAAUAAUUCCAUUAACAAGGAUGAUCAGAGCCAGGACGAGCAAGAUGGUGACCUAGACGAAGUGGAGCCGCGACUCAAGUACGUGAGGAUGCAGAAUGACAUAAAACACAUUCUGCAGAAUGACGCGGCUUCUUGUAUUGCAGUCCACCCUAAGUUUCUUUGCCUGGGGUCACAUAUGGGGAAAAUCCACUUGCUUGAUCACCAAGGGAACAAUAUCCAGUCUAAGACUCUGCAAGCGCAUACGCUGACAGUUAAUCAGAUUUCGAUUGACCAGAAUGGGGACUACAUAGCCUCGUGCUGUGACAAAGGUAAAAUAUUUAUAUACGGUCUCUACACGCGGGAGAACAACCACAUAAUAAACCUGGAACGUCAGAUAAAGAGUAUCGCGAUAGACCCGGCUUAUUCUAAGCCAGGAACCUCCAAAGGUUUCAUUACGGGGGAUGACAAGCUGAUGCUUUAUGAGAAAACUUUUCUGUCGAGGCUGAAGCUGACGGUACUCAGCGAAGCCGAAGGGGGCGUGAGAUCGGUAGCCUGGGCCGGACAAUUCGUAGCUUGGGCCUCAGAUACCGGGGUCAGGUUGUACGAUUUAAAUGCGCGAUGUUCUUUGGGUCUGAUGAAGUGGCCUCGUAGCGCCGAAGCUUCGCCCGAAAACUACCGGUGCAAUUUAAGGUGGAGUGGAGACCGGACUCUGCUGAUCGGUUGGGUCGACACGGUAAGGAUUUGCCAAAUUCGAAAACGAUCACAGCAGGAAAUGGUCAAUCGCAACCUGCCAGAGUUCGCCGUCGAUCCGGUGUCGACAUUCCAGGUUGACUUUUACAUAUCCGGAAUAGCUCCGCUAGAGAAUCAGUUGGUUUUGCUUGGAUGUUUAAAGGAAUUGAGCGAAAAAGGCACCAGCCAAAGGCCUACUUUGCAUGUCGUUGAACCCAAAUACCAAGAUUUUGUUGAUGUAUCUGCUAACUUCCUGGGACUUCGUGGCUACGAAGCCUACAAUUGCAAUGACUAUCAUCUAGACUGUCUUCCAGAUGAAAAUCGCUUCUUUAUAGUCAGUCCCAAAGACAUUGUCGUUGCCAGUCUGUACGACGCUGAUGACAGAAUCGAGUGGUUACUGAGUCACAAAAAAUUUGAACAAGCUCUCGAAGCUGUUACUGUGAAUAACGGACGUGAUUGCAAACGUCACACGCUCAUCUACGUCGGGCGCGUUUAUUUGGAUCACUUAUUAGCAUGCGGGAAGUACGACGAGGCGGGGAAACUUUGUCUUAAAGUACUGGGCCGCGAUAAAAAAUUGUGGGAAGAAGAGGUAUACAAAUUUGCCCGCGUUCAUCAGUUGAGGUCGAUUUCUUCUUACUUGCCACGUGGUGACGUCACACUUGAUCCCCUGAUUUACGAAAUGGUUCUCUAUGAGUACUUGAAAAUGGAUCCCGAUGGUUUCUUACAACUGGUCAAAGAAUGGCCAGCAAAAUUAUACACAGUCGCGGCGGUUGUCAAUGGAGUUCUUGAACAUCUUCUUGUCCACAACACGCGUCAGAAUGUUUUGCUUGAAGCACUGGCUAUUCUUUACAGCCACGAUGGGAAAUAUGACAAAGCGCUCGCGAUGUAUUUGAAGUUAAGGCACAAAGAUGUCUUUCAGUUGAUACAGAAGCAUCAGUUGUACAACGCCGUGUAUGACAUGAUCGAGGGUCUUAUGGACCUGGAUGCCGAUCGGGCGAUUCAGUUCUUUCUGGACAAAGAUCGUGUCCCUUCGGAAGUCGUUGUUGCUAAGCUACAAAACAAUCCGCGGUAUUUGUAUCUGUACUUGGACGCUUUGGACAAAAGAGACACCAAGGAUUCGAAAGGAAAAUAUCAUGGGUUGUUGAUUAGAUUGUACGCUGACUACUCGAGGGACAAACUGCUCCCUCUGCUGAGGCGAUCGGACAACUAUCCGAUACAAUCGGCGCUGGAUAUUUGUAGUCAGCGGCAAUUUUAUCCGGAAAUGGUUUAUUUGUUGGGACGAAUUGGGAACACGUCGGAAGCGUUGGGUCUGAUGACCCGCGAGCUAAAUGACAUGGAGUCGGCGAUAGCUUUUUGCCAGGAGCAUGACGAUGAAGAAUUGUGGAAUGAUUUGAUAAAUUAUUCCCUGAGCAAUCCGGAAAAUAUAACGUUCUUACUGCAGAAAAUCGGAACUUAUGUCGAUCCCCGGCUGAUGGUACAGCGAAUCGCCCCCCAGAUGGAGAUUCCGGGGUUGAAGAAGGCUUUGGUCAAGAUGAUGUGCGAUUACAAUUUGCAAGUGUCUGUGCAAGAAGGCUGCAAGAAAAUUUUGUCGAAUGAUUACUUCAAUUUGCAUGAGCGAUUGGUGAAAGCUCAUCAGAAAGGACUGUUUGUUGAUGAUGACCAGAUGUGCGGCGCAUGCCACAGAAAAGUUAUCGUAAGGGAUCCAAGAAGUCUAGUCGUUUUUUAUUGCAAACAUUUGUUCCAUGAAGAUUGUUUGCCGGAUUUUGAACAGAUCGAAAGUUGUGUGAUUUGUAAUCCGCAGAAAGAUAAAAUAAUUAUUUAAUUACUAGUUUGUAGGCAGAAAAAAAAUUAUUUUGAGUCAAGAAAAUAUUUUUCAAGACAAACGUUUUUGGAAAGUCAAGAUUUCCGUGGUAAAAAAAAUUAUAUAUACUUAUAUAUAAUUAUAUGUGAAAUAUGGCCCAAUAUAAUUACAAAUAAUUAUAUGUCAUAUAUAAUUAUAUAUUACUAUUUAUAUUUACAUUUCCCGGAUAAAAAAAAUUAUAUGUACUUAUAUAUAAUUAUAUACAAAUAUAUAUAAUUUAUGUAUGACUAUGUAUAUAAAUAGUUAUAUAUAAUUUUAUGUAA